AGUUAUCGCCUUCUAGCAUCAGUGGCCUAUGGAUGCUCGUAACCUGGCGACUGUCAUCAUCUGUCAAAGUCGAUACAUGAAACACUACCUACCUGUAGGACCUCAAGCACCACUUUAAUUUUCGCCAAGCAAUCAGAGGGACUAUAAUCCGAAUAAAUUGGAUUUUCUCUCAGACAACCGACCAUCUCAAGGACUUGGAUACAAUUAUUUUUCUCAUUUGACUUUUAAAAGGUGCGGAUAUAAAUCAUGGAACACUAACAUGGAGAGGAAGAAAAAGGUAUUGGUAUUUGAAAUUUGUGGAAGCAUGAUGUGGGAUGGAUAGAAAAAACGCAACCUCUACUAUGGCCUCUAAUGACCCUGACCCCCCCGGUACCCCCCAGCCUGGUGACCUCAUUGAGAUCUUCAGACCGGCCUAUCAGCACUGGGCUCUGUACCUGGGAGACGGUUACAUCAUCAACUUGACACCUGUUGAUGAGAGUCAGGCUGCAGCCAUCUCCAGUGUGAAGUCUGUGUUCAGUCGGAAGGCGGUGGUCCGAAUGCAGCUUCUAAAGGAAGUGGUUGGAGACGACUCGUACCGGGUCAACAACAAAUACGACGACGACCACACUCCAUUGCCCGUCGAAGACAUAAUUCAGCAAUCUCAAGUCCUCAUUGGCCAGGAGGUGUCUUAUGACCUGUUGGGCAGUAACUGCGAGCACUUUGUCACCUUGCUGCGCUACGGAGAGGGGGUGUCUGAGCAGGCCACACGGGCCAUUGGGGCCAUCAGUUUGGUGACAGCUGCAGCAAGUGCCUUCUCUGUGCUCGGACUGAUCAACACACGCUCCAGAAACCGACCCUUCUGAGGCCCCUCAACAAUAGCAGCAUUGUCCUGUGCUACUGGUCUGGGAUACAAACUUCCUCUCAGUCUUUUGGUUAAGAGGAUACCUCAUCUUUACCCACUGUCAUAAAAAAUUAUGCAUUUACCUAUUUUAUCAUCCUUUGUAUUGAAGGCCAAGAAGACCAAGUACUGUAUACAGUAGAGAUGUUGCCUACAUUAAAAUAUAUGCGAUCUUGCUGGAGAUACACAUUUUGAGAUGUUGAAAGGAUUGGUUGGGUGAAAAUUAUCAAAAAUUAUCAAAUGUAACAAAGGAAUCAUUAAUAAAGAAAACUGAAACAUUA